CGAGUUGAGGCGAAAGAGCAUUCACUUCAGAGGCAGGCAGGCGGACUGAGAAGGGGGCGCUUUCUCGCUGGAAACAACUCACACACAGGAGGCACCUUUUUGAAAAUGACAGCCGGAAGAACGGGAUGAGACUCGCUGCUCUGGAGGCUCUUUUCACAAAGAAAUAAAAAGGCAAUUUUGAGGGAUUUGGAGUAUACCCACGUAAUUUGUUUUCAAUUUCUUUACUAUAAAGACAGACGCACGGUUAUGGGGGGAUUUCCAUCUGGAUUGUGCAGCUCAAGAUAGAAGAUCUGACAAGCGAGGAGAGAGGACCUCUCUCUAAGGAGAGGCGCUGCAAAACCGUUUCUCAUUCUCUCCACGCCGCCACAGCCCACUAUAUCAGCCCAUGAUUGGCCUUCCUUUGGCUAGACUACACAUCUGAGCUAAGGCACAGGAAAGUUGUAUGUUGGUCGCUUGCACUCACUCUCGAGGACCAUGUGGUUUUCGCCGAGGACAAGUCGUACCCCCUUGCAGAACUGGCACGGAUCCCAGAGUUGCCAAAGUACCAUCUUGCCCCUGUGGCUAUUAACAUUUUGCUGGUGCUUUGCGGCAGUGAAAGGUCAAAGCUACUACCCCACUGUCAACACACAGUAUGGCAAACUCCGAGGGAUGAGGGUGCCUCUGCCCAGCGAGAUUCUCGGCCCGGUGGACCAAUAUCUCGGGGUCCCCUAUGCUGCCUCCCCAGUGGGGGAAAAACGUUUCAUGCCCCCAGAGCCUCCAUCCUCCUGGUCGGGGAUCAAGAAUGCCACCCACUUUGCUCCGGUGUGCCCCCAAAAUAUUCACAACGCCGUACCAGAGAUCAUGAUGCCCAUAUGGUUUACCUACAACCUGGAUAUAGUUACCACUUACAUACAGGAUCAACACGAGGAUUGUCUUUAUCUAAACAUCUAUGUUCCAACUGAGGAUGUUAAAAGAAUAUCCAAGGAAUGUGCCAGGAAACCCAACAAGAAAAUGUGUAGAAAAGGAGGGGCCCAUGCAAAAAAACAAGGUGACGAUUUAUCGGAUAACGACGGUGAUGAAGAUGAAGACAUACGAGACACCGGGGCCAAGCCUGUGAUGGUCUACAUCCACGGGGGAUCCUACAUGGAGGGCACAGGCAAUAUGAUUGAUGGCAGCGUCCUGGCCAGCUAUGGGAAUGUCAUCGUUAUCACCCUCAACUACCGUGUUGGAGUUCUUGGCUUCCUUAGUACUGGAGACCAGGCUGCUAAAGGAAACUACGGGCUGCUAGAUCAGAUCCAGGCAUUGAGAUGGAUCAGUGAGAACAUCGGCUUCUUCGGAGGGGACUCUAACCGCAUCACUGUAUUCGGUUCUGGCAUCGGAGCUUCCUGCGUGAGCCUGCUAACCCUUUCCCACCACUCUGAAGGUCUCUUCCACCGAGCCAUCAUUCAGAGCGGCUCAGCGCUGUCCAGCUGGGCAGUGAAUUACCAGCCGGUCAAGUAUACACGUCUCCUGGCAGAGAAGGUGGGAUGUAAUGUCCUGGACACGUCAGACAUGGUGGACUGCCUUAGGAAGAAAAGCUCCAGGGAGCUGGUGGAGCAGGACAUACAACCUGCAAGGUACCACGUGGCAUUUGGCCCUGUGAUCGAUGGCGACGUCAUUCCGGAUGACCCUGAGAUCCUGAUGGAGCAGGGUGAGUUCCUCAACUAUGAUAUUAUGCUGGGAGUCAACCAAGGCGAGGGGCUGCGCUUUGUGGAGAAUGUGGUGGACUCCGAGGACGGCGUGUCUGGAAAUGACUUUGAUUUCUCUGUAUCGGACUUUGUGGACAGUUUGUACGGAUACCCUGAGGGCAAAGACACUCUGAGGGAGACCAUUAAGUUCAUGUACACAGACUGGGCGGACAAAGAAAACCCAGAAACCAGGCGUAAAACCCUGGUAGCACUGUUCACUGACCACCAGUGGGUGGAGCCAUCGGUGGUAACAGCAGAUCUUCACGCUCGCUAUGGCUCACCCACCUACUUUUAUGCCUUCUACCAUCACUGCCAGAGUCUCAUGAAGCCUGCCUGGUCAGAUGCUGCGCACGGAGAUGAGGUUCCCUAUGUUUUUGGGAUUCCAAUGAUCGGUCCAACUGACCUUUUCCCCUGCAAUUUCUCAAAGAAUGAUGUCAUGCUCAGUGCUGUGGUAAUGACCUACUGGACCAACUUUGCUAAGACAGGGGACCCCAACAAACCAGUUCCCCAGGACACUAAAUUCAUCCACACCAAGGCCAACCGCUUCGAAGAGGUAGCCUGGUCCAAGUACAAUCCCCAGGACCAGCUGUACCUUCACAUCGGCCUAAAACCGCGGGUGCGCGACCACUACCGAGCCACCAAAGUGGCCUUCUGGAAGCACUUGGUGCCCCAUCUGUACAAUCUUCACGACAUGUUCCACUACACCUCCACCACCACCAAAGUGCCCCCGCCGGAUACCACGCAGAACACCCUGUCCACCAAGAGGCCCAACGGUAAGACCACCUGGCCAUUUAACACCAAGCGACCUCCCAUGUCUCCAGCCUACAACAGCGAAGACAAAGACAACUGGAGCGACGACAAGGAGUCUGGGCCUCUGGUGGUGGAGAACCCGCGGGAUUACUCCACCGAGCUCAGCGUCACCAUCGCGGUGGGGGCCUCCCUGCUCUUCCUCAACGUACUGGCAUUCGCCGCCCUCUACUAUCGCAAAGACAAACGGCGGCAGGAAUCCAGCCACGGCCAACCCAGCCCGCAGCGCCAGACCACCUCCAACGACAUCGGGCACCACGCGCCCGAGGAGGAAAUCAUGUCGCUGCAGAUGAACCAGACGCACCACGAGUGCGAGGCGGGGAACAGCAACGACGGGGCGCUGCGCUUGGCCUCGCUACCCGAUUACACGCUCACUCUGCGGCGCUCUCCGGACGACAUUCCCCUCAUGACGCCCAAUACCAUUACCAUGAUCCCUAAUUCCUUGGUGGGCAUGCCAAACCUGCACCCUUACAACACCUUCACGACGGGAUUCAACUCCACAGGCCUGCCGCACUCCCACUCGACCACGCGUGUAUAGCUUUAAGGAGGUCAGAAGAGGGGGUCGACCGGCCGCGACGCCGAUAGAGGAGGAGCGAAGGAUUCAACAAAACGGCGUGGAGGAUUGUGUUUUUUAAAUACCACAGCGGGGGGGUGGGGAAGGGCAGAUUAAAACGUGAAGAGAUUUAACGAGACUUUUACUACGAGGAAGGUUGCUGAAAGCUCUCUAUGGAUGUCAAGUUGUGCAGGGCUGCCAAAAUCAAACUGCUACCCUUCUCCUCAUCGGGGAGGGGCUGUAUUUUGUGUUGUGUCAUUUUUUUUCUAAAAAGAAAAAAAAAAAUCAUCAAGAGAUCAUUCAUUUAAAAAGCCUUUUACGCUGACUGAGAAGAUAGCCACAGAUUUUUUUGGUUGUUAUUCUUGAAUUCAUACAAAAAACAAACAAAAGUGCAUUUUAAUUUCCCAAUCCUCAUUCCUCCUAUGGGAGAUACAGGAAGAACAAUGGCCUCUAUGUCAAUCGCAUCAUGUUUUUUAAUUGCUUCUUUCUUUUUAUUUCAAUGCCUUACAAAGCUUGUUUUUUUAAAGUCGUUUUUCUUUUAUCUAAGAGACUAUACCAAGAGGAGUAUAAGAGAAAGACUGAAUCCAGGAUGAGAAAUUAGAGGAUAUGCAGAUGUAGAGAUUUUAAAUCCCAUUUCGGGCAAGUUUUUUGUUUUUAUUUGCAACACAACAUGAAUGGUUUCAACUUAUUUGGGGUUAGUUUGCAUAGAAAGUUUUGCCAAGGACAACUCUGGCUUGGAGACAAAUGCUUUGUUACUGUGAUUGUUUUUGUUAAGAAAGUGCAUCUUUCACAGCCAAUUUACCCGUUUGGCUAUCUGAUCUGAUCUCAAACAAGUGUGCACGUACACACGCUGCUUGUGUACAGUGUGCAAUGAAAGCUGAGUGCGUGAAAGUGUGAGUGCGUGUGUGUGUCCCCGCUAUUUUUCAUUUUUAGUAAGUUGUACAGAGUGCUUUUGGGGGGGAGGGCGGGGGUC